UACAAUACGAGAGGAGAUGAACGAUGAGUCAGAAGAGUUCUUGGACUUAUUUGGAGGUGAAGAAAUUGUAUACAUAGAAGGAGCCCGCACAAGUACUGGCUUUUUCACGGUUGAGAAGCCGGCGCAUGUCACGAGAUUGUAUCGAGCCUCAGUAAAUGGCACUGCUGUUGAGAUGGAGCCUGUUCCGGUGGCAGUGGAGUCUCUCGACCCUCGGUUUUGUUUUCUUCUUGAUGCUGGCGAAACACUUUGGAUUUGGAGCGGAUGGAAGGCUAGGAUAACUGUGGCAAAUAAGGCACGUCUAUUUGCUGAACGAUUAAACAAAAGGGAUAGAAAAGGCGCUGCCGCUAUCGAAACAUGUCGAGAGCCUAAAGUUCCGGAAGAGUUCUGGACAGCAUUUUGGGGCCAACCAACACGACCAGACGAGCCCAUAGUAGAGCACGUGCCUGAAAAUUUUGUUCCGGAGAGGAAAAGACUUUAUCAGGUCAAUAUUGGAAUGGGGUUUUUGGAGUUGCCUCAAGUUGAGCUCCCAAAGGGUGUUGCUAGACAAGAACUUCUUAAUACAAAAUGCGUGUACAUACUGGAUUGCACGUCGGAUAUCUUUCUUUGGACGGGAAAGAAAGCUAAUAGGCUGCUGAAGAUGGCUGGACAAAAGAUGGUGACCGAAUUGCAUCAAAUGAUCGAACGACCGGACUAUACGCAGGUGUCACGAGAAACUGAGGUACGUCGUGGCACUCUUCUGCAGCUGUGGCUCCCUCUGAAAUCUGGUGACGAAGAAUCUAUGAUGUUUCGUUCGAAGUUUGCCGGAUGGGACGAUAUUGUA